AGCACUACAGAGUGGACACCAGUGAAGACCAGUAGGACUGACAUACCUAAGGACCCGAGUCUGAGGAGAAGGAAGUGAAGGCAGAUUUUGGGCUGGAGUUAUGAGGGUGGGUGCAGCAGCCUUGGCUGGGGGGAUAUUUGGGUCAGUGGGGACCUUGUGUUUCUUCCUGGCUUUUGGAACAGACUACUGGCUGGUGGCCAGUGACAACUGUGGACACACUGAGACGGUGCUGAGAGUGGACAAAGAUGCCAACGGGACUGAGAUCCAGUUUGUGGAAACGAUAACUUCUCCAUCUGUGACACUCCACCAUGAGGGCUUUUUCUGGCGCUGUGGGUUUCAGGUGGAGCCCACAGCUCACGCAGUCCUGGCCACUCUGUUCACGAACCAGCCACAGGCCAAGGUGUGUAUCCAUGGCUACCUAUUCCCUCUGCCUGUUGCACUUGGACAGGUGCCUCAUCCAAGUUAUGAUGCUACAGCAGUGUUUCGGGGUUUCUGGACUGUGUUAAUAAUCCUCGGCCUGGUCUCGGCUCUGGUCGGAGGCUUCCUCUUGGUCUGUGGAGUCCCAUUCUACAGCCACAAACUGUACAAGCUGGGUGGGGCCUUCCUCAUCACCGCUGCCUGUCUGUUCCUGCUGGUGCUGCUGCUCUAUGUCAUGUGGAUAGAGCUGGUGGAUGUGAAGCGCUACAUCCUCCAGGAGAGAGGAGAGACGUGUGCCAACGGCCAGGUUUCUGUGUUCUAUGGCCUUUCGUUCAUGGUGGCUGCAGCUGGUGUGCCUCUGGAGCUCAUAUCUGGGAUGAUCUUCAUGCUCAUAGCCAGGGCGCUGAUCAACAGCAAGUGAGAGCUGGCAGGAGAAAAGACCUGCCCUGGACUCUGAUGUAAAUACUGGCUACGGGAUAUGACCAACAUUAUUAUGCAACCCUUUGAACACCCUUUGAAUGCCAAGUAACACAAAAUGACUUCAUGACAUGAGUUACUUUCACAUGUAUGCCUCAUUUCUAUAGAAACAAUAUUAAGUCUACAGUUUGUUAGUUUUACAAUGUAAUGGUUUAAUAUGGUUUGAUUCUGGAGUAAGGACAAUUAAGAAUGUUUUUCUAAACAAUACUGUGUGAUUCCUUUAUUUUAUUAGUAUAGAUUACACUUCAACAGAAAAUCA